ACCCGAGUCCUCGCGAACCCUCUCUCUGAUCCAUUGCGCGACCCUUCGCUCAUUACCGCCUCUGGACACCCUCUCUCCGAUCGCCCUCGGAUCCGUCCUGGUAGCCGCCGCUGCGGCGAGCGGGACUUGCCGGAGAGCUUGCCGGACGGAUCUCACUCGAGUGCUAUGGUCUUCGCUUCUCUUUAGUGUCCGGAAGCCAUGGCUGUCGCAGCGACGUCCAUUCGAUAUGGCCCCGUCGCCAGCGGUGGCGGCGGUAGCCUCGAUGCACUUAACCGCAUACUUGCGGAUCUGUGCACGCGGGGCAAUCCGAAGGAUGGUGCUGCCUCAGCUCUAAGAAGGCAUGUAGAGGAGGAGGCACGCGAACUCAGCGGAGAAGCUUUUUCUCGAUUCAUGGAUCAACUGUAUGAUCGCAUCUCUUUCCUUUUAGAAAGCAAUGACUUUGCUGAAAACUUGGGUGCUUUGCGGGCCAUCGAUGAAUUGAUUGAUGUAACCUUGGGAGAAAGUGCCUCCAAAGUUUCAAAAUUCUCUAGUUAUAUGCGGACUGUAUUUGAGGUAAAGCGAGAUCCGGAAAUUCUUAUCCUUGCAAGUAGGGUACUGGGUCAUUUAGCUAGAGCUGGGGGGGCUAUGACUGCAGAUGAAGUUGAGCGACAGAUUAAAAAUGCUUUAGAAUGGCUUCGCGGAGAUAGAAUAGAGUAUCGUCGCUUUGCAGCUGUCCUUAUCUUAAAGGAAAUGGCUGAAAAUGCAUCAACAGUUUUCAAUGUCCAUGUGCCUGAAUUUGUGGAUGCAAUAUGGGUGGCACUAAGGGACCCCACAUUGGCUGUCAGAGAAAGAGCUGUGGAAGCUUUGCGGGCUUGUCUUCGUGUUAUUGAAAAGCGUGAGACACGUUGGCGAGUGCAGUGGUAUUAUCGAAUGUGUGAAGCCGCACAAGUUGGACUUGGUAAAAAUGCUUCAGUCCACAGCAUACAUGGAUCACUACUUGCUGUUGGUGAACUUUUGAGGAACACAGGGGAGUUUAUGAUGUCCAGAUACAGAGAGGUGGCAGAUAUCGUUCUAAAGUACUUAGAGCACCGUGAUCGCCUUGUUCGACUCAGCAUAACAUCUUUGCUUCCUCGUAUUGCUCACUUCUUGCGUGACCGUUUUGUGACUAACUAUUUGAAGAUAUGCAUGGAUCACAUUCUUGCAGUCUUGCGUAACCCGGCUGAGCGUGCCAGUGGAUUUAUUGCCCUUGGAGAAAUGGCUGGUGCAUUGGAUGGUGAACUAAUCCCUUACUUGCCGACAAUUACAUUACACUUGCGUGAUGCUAUUGCUCCUCGUAGAGGAAAGCCAUCUGUUGAGGCUCUGGCUUGUGUUGGAAGCUUUGCAAAAGCUAUGGGUUCUGCAAUGGAACCUCAUGUUCGUGGUUUGUUGGACUCCAUGUUUUCAUCUGGUCUUUCUUUUACUCUAGUUGAAGCACUAGAGGAAAUAACUGUUAGUAUUCCAUCCUUGCUUCCUACAAUACAAGAACGCUUGUUGGAUUCCAUUUCCAUAGCUCUGUCAAAGACUCCUUACCCACAGACAAAGCCUGGUGCUGUCGUUAAUCGGGCAAAUGUUCCAAACAAUACUCAGCAAUGUUCUGAUGUCAGUGGCUCUGGUCUUGUCCAACUUGCCUUGCAAACUCUAGCACACUUCAAUUUCAAGGGUCAUGAGCUUCUGGAGUUUGCUAGAGAAUCUGUUGUUGUUUAUUUGGAGGAUGAGGAUGGAGCUACCCGAAGAGAUGCUGCUAUAUGUUGUUGCAGAUUAGUGGCAAAUUCCAUUGCUGGCAUACCAAGUUCUCAGUUUAGUUCAAAUAGGUCCAGUCGGAUCGGCGGAAUGAAGCGGCGCCGGCUUGUGGAGGAGGUUAUGGAAAAACUUCUUAUCGCAGCGGUUGCAGAUGCUGAUGUUAGUGUCCGGCAGUCAGUCUUCUUGUCCCUUAGUGUAAAUUGCAGUUUUGAUGAAUACUUGGCUCAGGCUGAUAGCUUGACUUCCAUUUUCGUUGCACUUAAUGAUGAGGACUUUGAUGUUUGUGAGCUUGCAAUAUCAGUGGCUGGUAGAUUAUCCGAAAAGAAUCCUGCCUAUGUUCUUCCAGCUCUUCGCAGGCAUCUUAUACAACUGCUGACAUACCUAGAACAAAGCACUGAUAGCAAGUGCAAAGAAGAAAGUGCCCGCCUCUUGGGCUGUUUGAUUCGCAAUUGUGAAAGACUGGUUCUUCCAUACAUUGCUCCAAUUCACAAGGCUCUUGUGGCAAGGCUUUGUGAAGGGACUGGUGUUACUGCAAAUAAUGGCAUCACCACAGGUGUUCUGGCUACUGUCGGGGAGCUUGCCAAAGUGGGUGGUUUUGCAAUGAGGCAAUACCUUCAUGAGCUGAUGCCCUUAAUUGUUGAUGCUCUUUUGGAUGGAGCAGCUGUUCAUAAGCGGGAAGUGGCUGUGGCUACCCUUGGUCAAGUUGUACAAAGCACAGGGUAUGUUAUUUCUCCAUACAAUGAGUAUCCACUGUUGCUUGGCUUACUUCUCAAGUUGUUAAAUGGUGAAUUGGCUUGGUCAACCAGACGAGAAGUAUUAAAGGUUUUAGGUAUUAUGGGGGCCCUGGAUCCUCAUGCACAUAAGCGCAAUCAGCAGAGCCAGCCAGGACCACAUGGUGAUGCUACCCGUCCUGCAAGUGACACCAGUCAACACAUUGUUUCAAUGGAACAGUUGCCCACAGAGCUUUGGCCAUCUUUUGCAACCUCUGAGGAUUACUAUUCGACGGUUGCUAUUAGUUCUCUAAUGCGAAUUCUUCGAGAUCCCUCGCUUUCGAGUUAUCAUCAGAAAGUUGUUGGCUCUCUUAUGUUCAUAUUCAAGUCGAUGGGCCUUGGUUGUGUUCCAUACUUACCAAAGGUUUUGCCGGAGCUUUUCCUUGCUUUGAACACAUGUGAAGAUGGGUUGAAAGAGUUCAUCACUUGGAAGCUUGGAACGCUGGUAUCUAUUGUGCGCCAGCACAUCCGCAAGUAUCUGCCAGAAUUGCUUUCUCUCAUUUCUGAACUCUGGUCCUCGUUCAGUUUGCCUGCUACCAACCGCCCUGUGCAAGGAUCUCCGAUCCUUCAUCUUGUGGAACAACUUUGCCUAGCUUUAAAUGAUGAGUUCAGAACAUAUCUACCUGCCAUUCUUCCAUGUUGUAUUCAAGUGCUUGUUGAUGCUGAGAGAUGCAAUGAUUAUAGCCAUGUUCCUGAUAUUCUGCAUACCUUAGAAGUUUUUGGUGGAACCUUGGAUGAACACAUGCACUUGCUUCUUCCUGCACUAAUUCGGUUGUUCAAAGUGGAUGCUUCAAUUGAUAUUAGACGCCGGGCAAUCAAAACUCUGACCAAGCUCAUUCCUAGGGUGCAGGUUAGUGGUCAUGUAUCAUCUUUGGUACAUCAUUUAAAGCUCGUAUUAGAUGGGAACAAUGAUGAACUGCGGAGAGAUGCUGCGGAUGCUCUCUGCUGUCUAGCACAUGCCCUUGGUGAAGACUUCACAAUUUUCAUACCAUCAAUCCACAAACUGCUUUUGAAGCACCAUUUACGGCAUAGAGAUUUUGAUGAAAUUAUGAGCCACCUACGUAAACGCGAGCCACUCAUUUUGGAGAGUUUAUCUGUACAAAAAUUGAACCGACGUGUAAAUGUGGAGGGCAUUAGUGACCCUCUUAAUGAUAUGGACAGUGAUCCUUCUGAUGAUGGAAUGGAAAUGCACAGGCAACUUAAAACUCAUCAAGUGAACGAUGUUAGAUUAAGGACUGCUGGGGAAGCCUCUCAGAGAAGUACUAAGGAAGAUUGGGCUGAGUGGAUGAGACAUUUUAGCAUCGAGUUACUAAAGGAAUCUCCAUCUCCAGCAUUAAGGACCUGUGCCAGGCUCGCACAAUUGCAGCCUUUUGUUGGGCGAGAAUUAUUUGCUGCUGGUUUUGCAAGCUGCUGGGCACAAAUGAAUGAAACAUCACAGGAGCAGUUGGUUAGGAAUCUAAAAACAGCUUUCUCAUCACAGAAUAUUCCUCCUGAAAUAUUGGCUACACUACUAAAUUUGGCAGAAUUUAUGGAACAUGAUGAGAAGCCCCUUCCCAUUGAUACUCGACUUCUUGGUGCUCUUGCUGAAAAGUGUCGUGCUUUUGCAAAGGCUCUUCACUACAAAGAAAUGGAGUUUGAAGCUGCACGCUCCAAGAAGAUGGGUGCAAAUCCUGUGACUGUAGUUGAAUCUCUGAUCCAUAUAAACAAUCAGUUGCAUCAGCAUGAGGCUGCUGUUGGGAUAUUGACUUUCUCGCAACAACAUUUAGAUGUUCAGCUAAAGGAAUCUUGGUACGAAAAGCUGCAGCGAUGGGAAGAUGCACUUAAAGCAUACACUCUUAAAUCAUCUCAGGCGUCAAGCCCACUUCAUAAUCUGGAUGCUACACUAGGACGGAUGCGGUGCCUUGCUGCCUUAGCUCGGUGGGAAGAGCUGAACAACCUGUGCAAGGAGCAAUGGACUGCUGCAGAACCUGCGGCUCGAUUGGAAAUGGCUCCCAUGGCUGCUAGUGCUGCCUGGAAUAUGGGAGAGUGGGAUCAAAUGGCAGAAUAUGUUUCUCGGUUAGAUGAUGGUGAUGAGAGCAAGCUAAGGACUCUGGGUAAUACUACUGCUAGUGGUGAUGGAAGCAGCAAUGGCGCUUUCUUCAGGGCUGUUCUUUUAGUUCGUCGUAAAAAGUAUGAUGAGGCACGUGAGUUUGUUGAGAGAGCAAGGAAAUGCUUGGCAACUGAGCUGGCAGCUUUGGUUCUUGAGAGCUAUGAACGUGCUUACAGCAAUAUGGUCCGUGUUCAACAGCUUUCGGAAUUAGAGGAGGUAAUUGAUUAUUGUACACUUCCAGUGGGGAACUCAGUUGCAGAUGGCCGUAGAGAGUUGAUUCGCAAUAUGUGGAAUGAGCGUAUACAAGGAACAAAGCGUAAUGUUGAGGUUUGGCAAGUACUUCUGGCAGUAAGAGAACUUGUACUACCCCCUACUGAAGAUUUUGAAACCUGGCUGAAGUUUGCCUCCCUUUGCCGAAAUAGCGGACGAAUAAGCCAGGCUAGGUCUACUUUAGUUAAGCUCUUACAGUAUGAUCCUGAAGUUUGUCCUGAAAAAUUAUACCAUGGACAUCCACAAGUCAUACUGGCCUACCUCAAGUAUCAGUGGUCUGUUGGUGAUGAUUUUAAACGUAAAGAAGCAUUUGUUCGGUUACAAGAAUUAUCUGUGCAGCUAGCUACAGCUGCAAAUAUAUCUCCAGGAGCAUCAGCAAGCCCAUCUCAUGUUUCCAGUUCUGGUGUCCCUCUACUUGCCCGUGUUUAUUUGAGACUUGGUAACUGGCAGCGAGCACUUACACCAUCAUUGGAUGAUGAUUCCAUACAAGAUAUUCUCAAGUCCUUCAAGAAUGCAACACAAUGUGCAAAGGAUUGGGCAAAAGCAUGGCAUACUUGGGCUUUGUUUAAUACAGCUGUGAUGUCUCACUAUACUUUAAGAGGCUAUCCUGCUAUCACAGGGCAAUAUGUGGUGGCUGCAGUGACUGGAUAUUUUUACUCAAUCUCUUGUGCAUCAACUGCCAAAGGAGUUGAUGACAGUUUACAGGAUAUUCUCCGUCUUCUCACACUUUGGUUUAACCAUGGUGCUACUUCUGAGGUUCAGAUGGCCUUGCAGAAAGGUUUCUCACUUGUUAAAAUUGAGAUGUGGUUGGUUGUGUUACCUCAAAUUAUUGCGAGGAUACAUUCCAAUAAUAGAGCUGUGAGAGAACUGAUACAAUACUUAUUGGUGCGGAUAGGAAAAGGACAUCCACAGGCUCUUAUGUACCCUCUCUUAGUGGCAUGCAAAUCAAUAAGCUUGUUGCGCCGAGCUGCUGCGCAGGAAGUUGUGGAUAUAAUUCGCCAGCAUAGUGGAGCACUAGUCGAUCAAGCUCAGCUUGUUUCAAAGGAGCUGAUCAGGGUUGCAAUACUGUGGCAUGAGAUGUGGCAUGAGGCUUUGGAAGAAGCUAGCCGUUUAUAUUUUGGUGAGCAUAACAUUGAGGGAAUGCUUGCAGCACUUGACCCUUUGCAUUUGAUGCUCGAGGAGGGCCCAGAAACAUUGAAAGAGACUGCCUUUAUACAGGCAUAUGGUCGUGAAUUACUGGAAGCUCGUGAAUGUUGCUUAAAGUAUCGAAAAACUGGGAAGGAUGCUGAGCUUACUCAGGCUUGGGAUUUGUAUUAUCAUGUUUUCAGAAGAAUAGAUAAGCAGCUUCCAAGUCUUACUACUUUAGACUUGCAGUCUGUUUCACCAGAGUUGCUCAAAUGUAGAAAUCUGGAGCUUGCUGUACCUGGACAAUAUCGUGCAGAUAUGCCAGUGGUGACCAUCGCAUCAUUUGCACCACAGCUUGUGGUAAUCACAUCCAAACAAAGACCUCGAAAAUUGACAAUCCAUGGAAGCAAUGGAGAGGAUUAUGCUUUCUUGCUGAAAGGACACGAGGAUUUGCGACAAGAUGAACGUGUAAUGCAGCUUUUUGGGUUGGUGAAUACACUGCUUGAGAACUCAAGAAACACUGCAGAGAAAGAUCUUUCCAUUCACCGUUAUGCUGUCAUUCCAUUAUCCCCUAAUAGUGGCUUAAUUGGAUGGGUUCCUAACUGUGACACCCUGCACCAUCUCAUUCGGGAAUAUCGAGAUGCUAGAAAGAUCUUCUUGAACCAAGAGCACAGACUUAUGCUAGCAUUUGCACCAGACUAUGACCAUUUGCCACUUAUUGCUAAAGUGGAAGUGUUUGAGCAUGCUUUGCAGAAUACUGAAGGAAAUGACUUGGCAAAGGUUCUUUGGCUUAAAAGCCGAACAUCUGAAGUUUGGCUUGACAGACGGACAAACUAUACAAGAAGUUUGGCUGUGAUGAGUAUGGUUGGCUAUCUUCUUGGAUUAGGAGAUCGUCAUCCCAGUAACCUGAUGCUGAAUCGAUUUAGUGGGAAAAUAUUGCAUAUUGAUUUUGGAGACUGUUUUGAAGCUUCUAUGAAUCGAGAAAAAUUUCCUGAAAAGGUUCCAUUUCGCUUGACGAGAAUGCUUGUGAAGGCUAUGGAAGUCAGUGGCAUUGAAGGAAAUUUCAGAUGCACCUGUGAGAAUGUGAUGCAAGUUCUUCGAACACACAAAGAUAGUGUCAUGGCCAUGAUGGAAGCCUUUGUGCAUGAUCCACUCAUAAAUUGGAGGCUUUUCAACUUCAAUGAGGUCCCUCAAAUGACAAAUUUUGGGGCCAACCUUGCUCAUCCAGUUGUAAAUAGUGAUGAAUCUGCCCAAAAUAGAGAACUUGCUCACCCUCUUCGUGGAGCUCGGGAAAGAGAGCUGCUUCAGGCUGUCAAUCAACUUGGUGAUGCCAACGAAGUAUUGAAUGAGCGUGCUGUGCUUGUUAUGGCAAGAAUGAGCAAUAAACUCACCGGCCGAGAUUUUUCUUCUGGAUCAUCAGCAUCAGGGCCCAGCUCCAUGCAACAUGCAGCAGAUCAUAGUUCCUUAGUUUCUGGUGAUACACGUGAAGCAGAGCAUGGGUUAUCUGUGAAACUUCAGGUUCAGAAGCUAAUUAAUCAAGCAAUGUCACAUGAAAACUUAUGUCAGAACUAUGUCGGGUGGUGCCCAUUUUGGUGAGCCUAAGAAGAUCUGUAAAUGCUGUACAUAAAAUGUGCUGUAUAUUCUAGUCUCAUGUUUCCUAACUUGAGUGUGAUGUGUUUUAGGUUUUUUAUGUUAAGGGAAUGUAGAGUUGUGGGAAAUGUAAUUUUGGAGGCUGGUGUCUUUGUUGUAAGUAAUUUGUUCCAAAUUAAUCAGUUGGAGGAGUUAGCUUUUAUUUUAAUGACUCUUUCUCUCUCUUUCUCUCUCUACCAUGUUUAGCACUCUGCUACAUUUUUGCUCACUGAUUUAUUGACCAAGUCCUA